AUGCAGCACAAUGUCCAUGCCCUUCAGCAACCGACUCCCGUCACGAGCCAUCCGACGAGCGCAGCAGGCCACUCAAAUCCAGCUACGCAGACCUCGACCCCAGAACAGCCGCAGAAGACGAAUCGAUUGAGGAAAGCAUGCGAUUCGUGCAGCAUUCGAAAAUGUGACGAGACUGGACCACCAUGUCGAGCAUGUGCGGCAUUGGACAUCCCCUGCACAUUUGAUCGACCUAGCAGGCGAAGAGGACCACCAAAUCGACAUGCAGAAGCUAUUAAGCGUAGACGACUCGAAGAGCAGGCCGCAGCGAGCACACCUGGCUCCGGAAUGUCCUCUCCAUCAUCACCUACGAACGCAGCACACGCUUUGGCUGCGCUUUCCGGACACUCGUCAGCACCACUUUCUGCAGAGUCCAUCUGCCCCAUCGAGACGCUCGACCUGCUCAUUGACGACUUCUUUACCUACAUUCAUCCACUUUGCCCGUUCCCACACGAGCCCAGCUUUCGCGACGCUUGGAAGCGUCGAGAGGACUUGACCAACAAGUCAUUCCUGUCCCUGCUGGCAUCCAUGAUCGGAGCUUUAGUCGCGUCUUUUCCAAGGAAGCCGCGUUUGCACCUCAAAGCCCAGAAGAGAGAGAACAUGUUUCCCAAUCACAUGAGCCUGGUAAAGCGAUGCCAAAAUGUGUGUGCGGUGGCGCGCGGCCCAGGAUACCUGGAAAGCGAUCACUUGAAUGUGUAUGACGCGGCAACAAGCUAUUUCCUCGCGUUGACAGGCGUGUAUACAUUCAGAUGGCGUCUGGGUCGGCUAUAUUUCGGCGAAUGCUUGACCAUCCUCCGAACUCUUGGCUUGCAUAAAGCCAAAACCCAAAAUUACGCCCAAUUGGGCUCUCUGCCGACCGCGAUGGGAAGUCACAGCAAUGCAUUGGAAAACGGCAAUGAGCUCGACAACAUCACGCUUGAGAUGGGCCGUCGCAUCUUCUGGACCAUGUUUGUGAGCGUUAAGUCGAUGGAGCAAUUAGGUGCCAGCUUUGGUGAACUGGUCAUUCCUCCGCCGACACAUACCGAGCCGUACCCACCUCUGCCGACUGAAGUCGAUGACUUCUGCAUCUACCCAAGGUAUACUGAGCAGCAGCCCGCUGGAUUGGUGCCCAUGAUCGCCGGGUUCAACGCCAAUGUCCGCGUCUACUGCUCGUAUAACGCCCUGGCCACUAUGGAGAUGGCCUGGGGCAUCGAUGCUGUCGUGGAUUGGGAGCGACAGAAGCGUGUCCUCCACGAAUCUCUUCGCCGAUGCAAGGAAGCCAUGAGCAACUUGCCAGCGGAAAUCACUGUGCAAACGAACGCUGGAACUCCAAACCAGAGCAACGGCUUCUAUCCCACAUUCGUCCAGCCCCACCUCGGCAGAGAUCCAGCACAGAGCCUCAUGAGUCCGUCGUCGCGAGUCACAGCGGAGCAGUCGCCGGAAGAGCGUCGACGAUCCCAGCAUGAGAUCCAAAAAGCUAACAUCUACGCCUCGAGCUUGGCCACUCGCUCAUAUCUGGUGGAGAAGUACUGGAACCUUUGCGAGGCUCAUCAGCGAGCGAGACAGUCCCAACCUGGGUCUUUGCCAAGCUCACCUGGCGCCGGCGUCACAGCUGCCGGGAUCGACAAUAUGGUGCCUCAGAUUCCCACCAGCCAUUACGACAUGGUAGAGAACGAAAUGCGCGAAGAGCGCGAAAACAUUGUGAAAGAUCUCCUCAUCGUCCUGGGCAGCAUUGACCAAGUCAACAUGGAGCCCAAUGCCGACUCCUUCGUAAGUCGUACCAACUCCGACAAACCUAUGAGCUUUGUGCUGAGCCAACCUUGUCAGACCAUGAAGAUCCGCUCGAUCGCGAGCACACUGAUCGAGACACCCGACCAACGUAAAGGUCAACUUGCCAUUCAAGCUCAAGAAUACCUCACGGCCUUCUUGAAGAUUCUAAUGAAACUGGAACGUGUCAGCCCGGCCAACAGUGAUAACAACGACCUACCAGAAGAUGAGGAUGCGGAACUCAGAACUUGGGCCGAUCUGAGGGAAAACCAGAUGAAGUUUGCGCAGCAGGGUGGCCUGCUUGGUUUGUCUUGA